AUGCAAGGCGAUUACGUGGUAGUCAAUAGCCCUGCAGGUGGAGACUGUCCUGGCAUUGUGGAUGCAGAGCAUGAGCCAAUUUUCUGGCGUCCUGUGCAAUCUGACACUGGUGUUGAUGACAUCCGACACUGGAGAUGCGAUGCAGCAAUCGCUGACCUAUGUGGAAGGAAAUCGCCUAACGAUCAGCCAGAUGGUGGUGUUUCUGGCAUCGGCUACUUCAAAUUGGGCAUCCGGGGAGCCGGAGGCAAACUCCUUUUUAGAUUAGGAGAUGUUGCUGGAGGAUAA